CAAGGAAUACCCUGAGUCUAGUCUUUGGAUUCAACCUUUCCAUAAAUACUGCGGGCUCAGGUUUUGAACCUCCCCCGCUGUGUUAGUUUUGGUUGAGUCCGGGUUCCAGCGGAUCCAAGAUGGCGGGCUGAGCAGCGCCGUGCUGAAGUUGACUCUAAACUCUCUGCUGAAGCUCGUUAUGAAGCUUGUUCUGCUCCGUUUCUCGGCUCGGAGUGUUAUCUGCGGAGUCCUGGUGUAACCAGUGGUGGAAGAGACACUGACGCACCCCCGGUGGCCGAGCUGGAUAACGGUGUCUUUUUUAUGGGAUGUCCGGGCUAGGUGGCCUGAGGGGGCUCAGCCCCAAAUCACAGACCACCAGCACAGACAGUUCCACUGCUGAGAGACUACACAAGCUUCUACACAUGGACACACCUGCACAACUGCUUGAAAGAGAGAACUGACCAAGAAGCAGAAGAAGGACCUGAUAUAUUCAGGACCCAACUGGUUCUCAUACCCAUGCUGGUGUUUGAUUUUAUUCAGCCUCAAUUUUAACAGCUCCCUCUUUAAUCACCUGAUAUUUGACAUUCCAUCCAUCAAAUAAUCAUCCGUCCUUCUCUCUCUCUGUCUCAAUUUGUCAUCUGAGAGUGUAUUUUUGUGCUGUAGAGCUAGAAGAGAGCAGGUAAUGGAUGAUGCUGGCCAUGGUGACCUAGUGUAAAUGGCUAUUCCUCAGCACAGCUCAGUGCCAGUAUCAACUGCUCAAUCUUCCUCCUUCACUCCCCCCUCCUCUCACCCUUACUCCACCUCUCUGCUGUCUUUCCCUGUUCACCACUGCUGCUUGCUGCCCAGCCCUGCCUCUCUCCUCCAACACCAUGUUAGGUGCAGGCUUGGGUGUGUGGAAGCUAAUGCGAGGUGUCCGCCAGCUGGAGCUUCACCGCCUCAUUCUGGCACUUAUCAUCUUCUGCUUACUGUCCAUGGCCUUCCUAGCUUACUACGUCUCCAACAGCCCCAAAAUCAAAGAGGCCCCCCCAUUACCCUUCAGUGACUGUGGUGGAGGAGGGGGUAUGUCACCGGGAGCCAGUACUGGGGAUGCAGGAGGAGUGCCAGGUGUUCAGAGGGCACCCCUUUUUCUUCCCCAGCGUCAGGGCCGACUACGACAAGUAAAGGCAGUAGACAAUUCCAGGACAGAGCCUGUAGUCCUGGUGUUUGUAGAGAGCAUCUACUCCCAGCUGGGCCAGGAGAUUGUGGCCAUAUUGGAGUCUAGCCGCUUCCACUACCGGACAGAAAUUGCUCCUGGUAAAGGAGACAUGCCCACAUUAACAGAGCAUAACCGUGGACGCUAUACACUGAUUAUCUAUGAAAACGUUUUGAAAUAUGUCAAUCUGGAUGCGUGGAACCGUGACUUGCUGGACAAGUACUGUGCUGAGUAUGGAGUAGGUGUCAUUGGCUUUUUCAAAGCUAAUGAAAACUCUCUUCUCAGUGCACAGCUCAAAGGUUUUCCCCUCUUCUUACACUCACACCUGGGACUCAGGGACUACCGCAUCAACCCCAAUGCUCCUCUACUCUACAUCACCAAGCCCAACCAGAUGGAGCAGGGCCCUUUACCAGGAGAUGACUGGACCAUUUUCCAGUCUAACCACUCUACCUAUGAACCAGUGCUUUUGGCCAGCACCAAGUCCUCUGAGGCACUGGCACAUUUUGGACCCAGCCCAUUACGGGCCCUCCACGCCACAGUGGUCCAGGACUUGGGGCUCCAUGAUGGCAUUCAAAGAGUUCUUUUUGGGAACAAUCUCAACUAUUGGCUUCACAAGCUGGUGUUUGUAGACUCCAUUGCCUAUCUGACAGGGAAGAGACUGUGUUUGUCCUUGGACCGCCACAUCCUGGUUGAUGUGGAUGAUAUAUUCGUUGGCAAGGAGGGAACCCGUAUGAAGGUGUCAGACGUGGAGGCACUGCUCAACACUCAAAACAAGCUGAGAGCGCUGGUCCCUAAUUUCACCUUCAAUUUGGGAUUUUCUGGAAAGUUUUAUCACACAGGUACAGACGAGGAGGAUCGGGGAGAUGACAUGCUGCUGCAGCACAGGAUGGACUUCUGGUGGUUUCCUCACAUGUGGAGCCACAUGCAGCCGCACCUCUUUCACAACGUCAGUGUUUUGGCUGAACAGAUGAGACUCAACAAGAUCUUUGCUCAGGAGCAUGGCAUCCCAACAGAUAUGGGAUAUGCUGUGGCUCCGCACCACUCUGGGGUUUACCCAGUCCACAGCCAGCUCUAUGAGGCCUGGAAGUCUGUGUGGGGCAUCAAGGUGACCAGCACUGAGGAAUACCCUCAUCUGAGGCCAGCUCGAUACCGCCGUGGCUUCAUUCACAAUGGCAUCCAGGUGUUGCCCAGGCAGACCUGUGGUCUGUUCACCCAUACAAUCUUCUACAACGAAUACCCAGGAGGCUCAAAGGAGCUGGACAAGAGCAUCAGAGGAGGAGAACUCUUCCUCACUGUCCUCCUCAACCCUAUCAGUAUAUUCAUGACACACCUGUCCAAUUAUGGUAACGAUCGGCUGGGACUGUACACAUUUGAGUCUUUGGUGAAGUUUGUCCAGUGUUGGACCAAUCUGAGACUGCAGACGUUGCCCCCCGUCCGGCUUGCUGAGAAAUACUUCCAGAUUUUCCCUGAGGAGAGAGACCCACUCUGGCAGAACCCUUGUCAUGACAAAAGACACAAAGAUAUCUGGUCUAAAGAAAAGACAUGUGACCGACUCCCCAAGUUUCUUGUCAUUGGACCACAGAAAACAGGCACUACAGCUCUUCAUUCAUUUCUGAGUCUGCACCCAGCAGUCACCAGCUCCUUCCCAAGCCCCACCACAUUUGAGGAGAUCCAGUUCUUCAGUGGAGCAAACUAUGACAACGGGAUUGACUGGUACAUGGACUUCUUCCCAUUCCCUUCCAACGUCAGCACAGAUUUCAUGUUUGAAAAGAGUGCCAACUACUUUGACACAGAGUUCGCUCCUAAGAGAGCUGCUGCGCUGCUUCCCAGAGCCAAGAUCCUGGCUGUUCUCAUUAACCCGUCUGACAGGGCUUACUCCUGGUACCAGCACCAGAGGGCCCACCAGGACCCUGCAGCCCUUAACAACACUUUCCAUACAGUGGUGACAGCAGGCCCCUCUUCCCCAAAGGAUCUACUGGCUCUUCAGAGACGCUGCCUUAGUCCUGGGACCUAUGCUGCUCACCUGGAGCACUGGCUGCAACACUACCAGCCCAGCCAGUUGCACAUCGUGGAUGGUGCCCUGCUGCGCUCCAACCCAGCACUGGUGAUGGAGGGAAUCCAGAGAUUCCUCGGUGUCACUCCUAUCUUCAACUACACCCAGGCUUUAAUGUACGAUGACAGCAAAGGUUUCUGGUGCCAGCGAGUGGAAGGAGGUCGAGCCAAAUGUCUGGGGAAGAGUAAAGGCAGAAAGUACCCAGAGAUGAGUCCUGAGUCGCGUGCCUUUCUGGCUGAGUACUACCGUGAGCUCAACAUGGAGCUGCUGCGUCUGCUGAAUCGGUUGGGCCAACCGCUGCCAUCCUGGCUCCGCCAAGAACUCCAGAGCACGAGCUGGAGCUGAGGCCACAAGGUCACACACACACACACAUGGACGAACACACAGAAAGCUGGGACUGGAGUCUGUGGAACGAGCCAACACUUGGCUCUGGAUUAAACUGGACUAGCUGAUCUGGAGUCAACAGCAGCAGCAGCAGCAGCACACACUAAAAGAGCUUCAUGGUUUCAGCUGAUGUUACUGGUGCUCCUGUUCCACAGAUAAAGAAGACAGUUCAACAUGAGAUCUUUCUUAAAGUGUUGGUCAUAACUCUGAUUUGUUACCAAGCACAUGGGGUUUGCUGUGGAUCCAGAGGACUGGGUGACCGGCAGGUCUGAGGCAUAAGGAACAGGUCAGACAGCCUUAAUGUGAGGAGACGAACCAUGCAGAUGACUGGAUACAGGACAAACAGACACUUGUGUCUCAUCUCGCCACAGGAAUGAUUGUAAAGCAUUUCAAAAGCAGUUGUAUGUGUUUGGUUCGAGGGGCAAGUGGGAAACAAAACGGCCUUCAGCCUGAAGCAGACAGACAGUAGAGAGAGUCCACAUUUAUCUGUUACACACACACACACACACACACACACACACACACACACACACACACACACACACACACACACACACACACACACCUACCAACCUGCAGGUCAAGCCAACUGUCGGGGUGCUGCAUUCCCUCUUCUACUCACAGGUUCCAGUCUGUUUACUGUGUUUACAGACCUUUUAAAAUGAACUGAGCUAAUAUGAUGACAGGUUAAUGUAAAUAUCAUGUGUCCAGCCUCUGCCCCGCACAUCUGUCGAUAAGUAGCUGUAAUAUUCACUAUUCACAGGUAAAGAGAGCCUUGUUUCUGUACUUUCAAGUUUUUUUAUUUAAGAUCAGUUACAUACCAGCUUUUAACCUACAUAGCAAAGUUGUUUGGACUGAUUUAGGGAGCCCCACAGCAAACUGAGCAAAGGAUUUUUAAUUUGAGCAAUGUGACUUUGAAUGAGUUUUUGUAUUUCUGGACCAGAACAUCAUGGUUCAGGUUUCCCUUCAGCUCUUAAGAAUGUAAGCUGAUAUAAUUUGGUACUGAGUGGGGUGGAUUUUAUUGGCUAUCCAGCUUUGAAACCGUGUUUUGUUCUUUGAUUUCAUGGCUCUCACUGGAGGCUUCACACACUGAGGCUCAUGGGUAGUGUAGUACGAAGAGCUGAGGGGACAGCAGAGGUGAAAUAAGGAAUUUGCCAAGAGACUUGUGUCUUUUUAAUGAUGAGGAACAUUAUUAUUAAAUGUAAAUGGUCCAGUGCAAAUUUACAAAUUCCAUUUGUCAUACAAACAUAGGUUACUCUAAAGGGGUAUUCCAGUGAUUUUUUCAUUAUAUAUAUUAUAUAAACUUGAGUCACAAGAGACAGAUUUUCAAAAAUGGUCAAAGUUUAAGCAUUAGGGACAGAGAAAAAUUCAAAUAGUCCUCCAGUCUGCUAAAUAACCCAAUCUGUGAAACGGCACAUCUCAGUUCUGGCUGGACAAAUAAAAAGAAGACAUUUUUCUAGUGUUUUCACUCAUGCAGGACUCACCAGGACUUACACAUAAAGGAAAUCUAGUGAACUUAACCACAUUGGACAGUGCCAACAGCAAUAUUUGGUCUAAAAUGUUCUUUUAUUUAUUGAGUCAUCCACCAAAAGUGUUUCCACCAUUUUAAUAGUGAUAAAACGAGCUGCACAGUGAUCCUGACAUGAUGUGAUCACGAGGCACACUACAGACUCUUUCAGAAAGCAGGUUUAGCGAAAACUAGGAAAUAGUUAACCCUGGAUGAAGGAAACUCAGGUUUUUAGAUCCAGAAAGGGAGAGAACCUCAGCUCUGGGUCAGUUGCUAUGGUAACUCCGAACCCUUUCCUCUUAUUAGUUGUAAGACUGUAAGCAUGUUGAAGGUUUACUGUCUGUCAGAAUUGGUUGGUUGGAUUGGAUGGUUGGAUAUUGUUUUUUUUACUCACAACUAUCUGAUCUUUCUUAGAACAUUGAAACAUUACACAGCAUCAAGUCACCCUAAAAUCAGAACAGAACUUCUUCUUUGGCCAUUUUUCUGCUUUAUUCAUAGUGGAAACUAGAGUGAGAGGGGAAGACAUGUUGUGUGCCACAGGUUCAUCCCAAAAAACUUUUUAGUAACACUGUGGCUCUGUCACUAUGUUACAGCAGCUAACAGCUAAAAGGUUCAUUGCUCAUAUUGUGUAAUCUCAGUGAUAUGAAGCUGGAAACACAUAGGACCAGUGAAUAAUUCUCUCUUACGGUGUGAUUGGUCACACUGAUGGAACAGAAUUCCUUUAUUUUGGAAGAUGUAUGUUAUUAUUUCUGUGGUACAGCUGCAGAUUAUAGUGAGUUUUUAAAAUAUGCUGCUUAUAGUCUGAACGUGUUCUAACAGUAUUGCAGUGUGCUUAAAUUAAUUGCAUUUUUUGAAGCAGCUGAAAUAAAGCUUUUAACCUACAAAUCAGCAAAGAAA